CUCUCCGCCCGCCCCGCCUGACUGACAGGGAGCCCCCCCGUCACGUGGCCGCGGCAGGGCGGUGUUACUCGGCCGGGCCGGCGGUAAUGCCGGAAGUACAACGCGGGGCAGCGUGAACUACAACCAUGGCAACUGCCAGUAAUGAGGCACACCAUCCUGUAGAUCCUGGAAUUUCAAAGCUGCAGUUUGCUCCCUUCAGUAGUGCCUUGGAUGCAGGAUUCUGGCAUGAACUAACCCAGAAGAAACUCAAUGAGUACCGACUGGAUGAGACUCCAAAAGUUAUCAAAGGAUAUUACUACAAUGGUGAUCCAUUGGGCUUGCCAGCUCGCCUGACAUUGGAAUUCAGUGCCUUUGAUAUGAAUGCUUCAAUACCAGCACGUUGCUGUCCUGCUUUCGGAACAUUGUAUAAUACCAACACUUUUGAGACUUUCAAGUCUUGUGAUAAGAAAUCACUUCUGGAGAAAGAAGCAAAUGAGAUAUGGGAAUCGAUAAAAUCUGGAGCUGCGCUUGAAAACCCUAUGCUCUUGAACAGGUUCCUGCUGUUGACGUUUGCAGAUUUAAAAAAGUAUCACUUCUAUUACUGGUUUUGCUACCCUGCUCUCUGCUUCCCUGAUGGAAUACAUAUAAUUCAGAAACCAGUGUGUCUUGGUGACAGGUUCUCUUUAAAUCAGAUUCAAGCACUUCAGAAAGCAUAUGAUGACCUUUGCCAGACAGAAAGGGUUACAGCCUUGCCUUAUUUUUUAAUCAAGUAUCACGACAAUUCUGUGGUGAUAUCUCUGCUCAAAAAGUGGGAUAGUUUCUUUCAAGACCAAGGAGGAAAGGUGACAGUUGGAGUUUAUGAUCCAUGUAAUUUAUCCCACUAUCCAGGAUGGCCACUGAGAAAUUUCCUGAUCCUGGCAGCUCAUAAAUGGGGCAGUGUCCUUCAGACAGUUGAAGUGCUCUGCUUCAGAGACAGAACCAUGCAAGGGGUGAGAGACAUAACACACAGCAUCAUCUUUGAAAUAAAACUUCCACAGAGAACCUUUGGCCAAGAAACAGAUUGCCCAAAAGCUGUUGGAUGGGAGAAAAACCAAAAGGGAGGCAUGGGCCCAAGGAUGGUCAAUCUUAGUGAGUGUAUGGAUCCAAAAAGGUUAGCAGAAUCAUCAGUGGAUCUUAAUUUGAAAUUGAUGUGCUGGCGGUUGGUCCCUACACUUGAUUUGGAAAAAAUUGUGUCUGCCAAGUGUCUGCUGCUAGGAGCUGGUACUCUAGGUUGUAGUGUUGCAAGGACCUUGAUGGGUUGGGGAGUGAGGAAGAUCACAUUUGUUGACAACGCGAGGAUCUCCUACUCCAACCCCGUGCGACAGCCACUGUAUGAAUUUGAGGACUGUCUUAGCGGUGGGAAGCCUAAGGCACUUGCAGCAGCAGACAGGCUACAGAAAAUCUUCCCAGGAGUGAAUUCAGAAGGCUAUAACAUGAGCAUCCCUAUGCCUGGCCACCCAGUGAAUUUUUCUGAAGUAACGAUGGCACAAGCUCGAAAGGAUGUGGCUACACUUGAAGAGCUUAUUGAUGCUCAUGAUGUUGUUUUCCUACUUAUGGACACUAGAGAGAGUCGGUGGCUCCCAGCUGUUAUUGCAGCCAGCAAGAGGAAGCUGGUCAUCAAUGCUGCAUUGGGAUUUGACACAUUUGUUGUUAUGAGACAUGGACUAAAGAAACCAAAACAGCAAGAAUCUGGUGAUUCAUGUUUUAGCAAUGCCUCCGGUUCUUCUGACCUGUUGGGAUCAUCACUCUUUUCAAAUAUCCCUGGCUAUAAACUGGGUUGCUAUUUCUGCAAUGAUGUUGUGGCACCAGGGGAUUCCACCAGGGAUCGGACAUUGGAUCAGCAGUGCACAGUCAGUCGACCUGGAUUAGCAAUGAUAGCUGGAGCUCUUGCAGUGGAAUUAAUGGUUUCUGUUUUACAGCAUCCAGAAGGUGGUUAUGCUGUGGCCAGCAGUAGUGAUGAUAGAAUGAAUGAACCACCUACUUCUCUUGGACUUGUUCCUCAUCAGAUCCGUGGGUUUUUAUCAAGAUUUGAUAAUGUUCUGCCGGUCAGCCUGGCAUUUGAUAAGUGCACAGCCUGUUCCCCCAAAGUCCUCGACCAGUACGAACGAGAAGGGUUUAAUUUCCUAGCUAAAGUUUUUAAUUCCUCACAUUCCUUCUUAGAAGACUUGACAGGUCUAACUUUAUUACAUCAGGAGACACAGGCUGCCGAGUUGUAUGCCUUCUCUGCUUGUGCUCCAUCUUCGAGAUUCCUGUUAGAAAAUCUGCACCUACAGAACUCUUCUAGAACCUGAACCUGUGCAAGUUUUUUGAGAUGAAGCUGCUUAAUGAAAUCAUUUCAUUUAAAAUUUUACAAGCAUGAAUUUGGCUGAAAACAAUUUUAUUCCACAGCUUACAACCGAAGAGAUGCAAACACUGUAUGUGCAACAAAUUCCUCUCUUGAAAUUAACUAUUAGUCUGCAGUGAAUCAUACAGUAUAUCAGAACUUUGGUUUUUAAUCUAUUCUAUCUCUUGAUUUCUCAAAUUAAGGAAAUACAGUGCUCCUUAUUGGCCAAAAUAGAUUGUAAUUUAGGCUAUGCACAAUGCAAGAUUGAAUAAAAAUUAAUGAAAGAUGAAGACUUUAAGUGUUCAUUCUACAAAGUCUGCUCAGAAUUGUUGGUGGCAUUAUUAGGAGUUUUCAGUGUUACUAAACAAGUGCGUAAUAUAGUCUUGAGUUUCUCAAAUGAAACUUUAAUUAAAAAAAAAGAGUAAUUCAUAUUUUUCUGAGUUUACUCAGUCUGGUGAACCGUAGUGUUCUGGUGAACAUACGAUUGAAAUGUGCAAGUCUUUUAAGAAUAAUUAAAUAACUUGGAAAUUUAGAGUUACCUGAAAAAUCCCUUCCUUUUUCAAACAAAUAUUUUCAUUCUCUUUUUAUGACUUUUUUUUAAAUAAUUUUGUUGAUUUUGGAAAAAGUAAAAGGCGUUUCUUGUGAAUCUAAUCUUCUCAAUGGCAAGCCCAUGCAAUUCUUUUGCCAGUAGUUUAUUUCAUAUGUAUUCAAUCCAGUUUUCUUUUCACAUACAUGAAAUAACAGUUGGCAUGUGGUAAACAAAAUAUAUACAGAGAAGAAAAAAAAAGAUUUUUUUUAAAUGAAAAGAUUUGUUUUAUGAAAUAAUCCUUUCAUUGAAGUAAAUAAUUAAAGUUAAAAUAAAUAAGAUCUUAUAAGAGAUUGCACAGUAAUUAUGUAACUUUUAAGAACCAAGAGUUCAUGGUAAUGAAGUAUUUUCAUUUUACUAGGUUUUUCUUGGAAAAGUACAAUAUCAUGUGAUGAUAUACCACAGUGUGUGAAAGUAGUUUGCUGGUACAAAAUCCAAACAUCACAAAGUAAUUUCCAAAGACCAGAUGUUUAUCAGUUCCCUUUUAGGGAAGAGAACAGCAAGGUUCUUAUUGAAAGUUUGUCUGCUGGAACUGCAGUGUGGCUCCACAGCAGGCUUCCAUGCAGCGUGACUGAGCGCUCGUGUAUGACCCACAAACGAUGUCCUUUUGAAGAAAGAAAAUUGCUUAUGUGGCUGCCUCAUCAAUAACCAGAACAUCACCUUUUAGAAACGGGAGAAAAACUAGCUAGAGGUAUUUCUGUGUUCAGUAAAUAUUUGGCAUGGCUUUGGUUCAAUAUGGCUCAUGCAAGGCUGCUUUAACUCUCGUAAAUGGAGCCUGAAUGCACCUUUGGUUUUUACAGUAAUGGCGGCGAGGCCUCCUCCCUCUUCUUUCCCAACUCUGCAUACUUAGCGGGGUUUUUAAAGGGUGUUGGAGCUGAGGACAGACGUGUGAAUUAUUUUUUUCCAGGAAGAAAAGCACGUAGGCAGGGUGGCCACAGUUAGGUCUGUGCUGUGACCCGGGGUGCGUCACCUCUGUCUCAUGUCUGCCUCCUUUUUGCUGCGUGUCUGUUAGCCGAGUCCAGUUCUAGUUCAGUAUUGCUCUGUGCAAGGCAGAGUGGGACUGUAGUCUGUCUAACACAAGACUUAGGAUGCAACCAAGCUGACUAAAAGCCAAUAUCACAACCUUUUCUCAGUGCACAUGCCCUACAGUAACACCUUGUAAGAAGAGAAAGAUCUUAGAGAAUGACAAGGAUGUUCCUUGCUGGGGAGAGUGUUCAAAGGGCUGUUGUAGAGGAAAAAAAAACAGACUCUGAUUGGAACCUCAGCUAGUACAGCUCUGAAAAACACAUCUACAUGAAACGUGGAUUGCUCUGAGUUCACAUUGUCAGUGCCCUUAGUGAGAGUGCUUUCUUUCGAGCAUGCCCCAUUUAUAUCAGGUAGGUAUUGAUUCAGUUGCUGCAACAUAGGCUGUCGUAGCAUAGGUAGUGAACCUCCAUUUCAUAAAGCUUCCACGUUCUUUUUUGUUUUAACUGAUACAUGAAACAACCAUGAGUAAAAUGGAAAACAGCAAUUCCUGAGGCAAGAUGAAGAAAACAUCAGAAACAAGUGAGUGAAAUUGCAGAGUUAUGUUGAAUUUUUCCAAAUACUUGUCGUACAUAACCACUUCCACUUUAUAGGGAGGUGACAAAGCUACGCGUCCUGAAAGCUGCACACACACCUGCACACAAAUAAAAAUAAAAAUAAAGUAUUAAUGCUUUUUCAAGCAAUCCAGCUAGUCAUCUCAGUCAAAAUAAGUUUUUGUUGGUUUAAGUUCUUUCUUAAUCGACUCUGGUUUAUCCCUGAGUAUCUGUUGUUAUUAAGUUCUGUAUCAGUUACUGAUAUUUAUUGUUCACAUGAGAUGUAAUUGAAUGUUAUAGACACACCGAAAGUUAACUGUUAUGUCCUAAUACACAUUUGUUUAACCAGUUAUAAUAUUUAAUAAUUUUUAAUGCUUGAAUUAUACACAAAUUUAGCUCACUUUUUUCAUUUUUUUUUUUAUUUCCUGUGUAUAGAUUAUUGCUUACUAACUACUUAUAGACAGUAAAGCAAACAAAAGAAAUGGUUUAAAUUGUGAAGUAUGUUUUCUGCAAGAUUUAUUUUUUCAUUUGAAUUUGCCUUGCUUGGAUGUCAUGCUCUUAUGAUGUGCAUUUAUUCUGGUAGUUCUUCAGCAUCCACUUUUAUUUAAGUUUAUUUUUAAAUUUCUUAGCAUUUCUUCAGUAGAUUAUGAUUUGAAGAAUAAAAUGUUUUCUU